AUGUCUGAGUUGACUGCUCGUAGAUGCCAAGAAUGUGGACAAACACUUCCUCCAACCUAUCAACCCCCGGCUGACGAAGAUUGGUCAACUGGAAUUUUUGGGUGUACUGAAGAUACCGACAGUUGCUUGACUGGACUAUUCUGCCCAUGUGUGUUAUUUGGACGUAACGUGGAAAACUUGAACGUUGAUAUCUCUCAAAGGGCUGCCUGUGUUGGUCAUAUCAUAUGUGCCGAAGGUGGUAUGACAUUUGCUGCAUUGACAUCAGUUCUUAAUGGCAUUGAUCCACAGACAUUAUUUCUCGUUUAUGAGGGUCUGUUCUUUGCUUGGUGGAUGUGUGGAAGCUAUACCAGCAUGGCUCGGCAAUCAUUGCAAAAAAUGUAUCAUCUAAAGGUGAUCUGAAUUGCAUUAUUAAAGGCUUAUUACUUAAUUUUUUUUUUUUUUUUGAGACUUGAAUUUUUUAGUACAGUGUAUUUAAGGAGGGAUAAUGGAUAAUGUCUAUUAUAAAUUUAAUUAAUUUGUUAAUUUUGUUAUUUUUCAUUAACAAAAAAUUG